AUGGCUAGCGAAGAAGACUGGGAUUUUAACUUCCCGAAUAUAAAAUCACCAAGAGAGUUCAACACAGAAUUGCAUGGAAGUGCGGACAAACAUCUCCGUCAGCUUCAGAUGGACCUCUACCACACAAGACAAUUCGUUAUAUGGCAAAUGGGACAACUAAACAAACGGUUACGACGCAAGGCCAAGUGGGGGAACCUUGGCGUUAUUGCUGAGGAUAUCAAACACUAUUUCAGAGUGACCCAAUACGACAUCUGGAGAUUUCGCAAAGAGUCCGGCCUGCAAGCUUGGCAGACGAAAGAGCUACGGGAACUUAGCGACCUUAUACAGCACAGAAUCCACGCAUUACAGAAUCCUCCGAACUGUACUUCAGCCAGGAAAAUGCUCUGUAAUUACCCAUUAUAUGGAGAGUGGCAUUUGAAAGUAAUAAAAAUUAUUUGA